CCUAUGUGAAGAUCAGAUAAAAAAGAAAACAAAAGGAAAUAGGUGGUUGUAAGAGAGCAUGGAGAAGAGCAAAAUUAUGAUAUUUGGUGGCAGUGGGUACCUUGGCAAAUACAUGGUGAAGGCAAGCGUUUCCUUGGGUCAUCCCACCUUCGUUUACACACGCCCUCUCAACUCUUCUACUUCCAAGUCUCUUCUCCUCAAGGAAUUUCAAUCCAUGGGAGUCACCAUCUUCUAUGGGGAGCUUGAUGAGCAUGAAAAGCUUGUUUCAGUGCUUAAACAGGUUGAGGUUGUCAUUUCCACUCUACCAGUGCCACAACAUCUCAACCAACUCAAAAUAAUAACUGCCAUCAAAGACGCUGGUACAAUCAAGAGGUUCGUGCCAUCAGAAUAUGGAAAUGAAGUAUAUAGAUCAAUAAAUGCACUUCCGCCAUUUGAAGCUAUACUUGGGAACAAAAGGAAGAUCAGAAGGGCAGCCGAAGAAGCUGGUCUCUCAUUCACUUUCGUUGCUGGAAAUUCGUUUGCAGCCUAUUUUGUUGACUACAUUCUCCAUCCUCAUCAGAAUCCUUCUAAAGUUGUGGUUUAUGGAACUGGUGAAGCCAAGGUUGUAUUCAACUACGAGGAAGAUGUUGCAGCCUAUACCGUAAAAGCAGCGACAGAUCCGAGGGCCGCCAAUCGCGUAAUCAUCUAUAGACCGCCGGGGAAUAUUGCUUCCCAGUUGGAACUGAUAUCGGAAUGGGAGAAAAAGACUGGUCGGACCUUGAAAAGAGCACAUGUUCCUGAGGAGGAACUUGUAGAGUUGUCUGAGACCUUACCUUUCCCGGACAACAUUCCGGUGUCGGUUUUACACAGCAUAUUCGCAAAAGGAGAUCAAAUGAGGUAUGAGUUGACGGAAGAAGAUCUAGAGGCAUCCAAGCUCUAUCCUGACUAUAAUUAUACUUCCAUUGAUAAGUAUCUUGAUAAGUGCCUGGUUGAUCCUCCUAAACCUAAAUUAGCUGCUUUCGCCUGAUAUAUCUUAGCUUCUGAAACAUAAUUAAUUUCAUGUAAUAAUACUUUAUUUUUUUUUCUGUAUUAAUCAGUGUAUCUCAUUCCCCA